UUUACAUAACAACAUCUCCAGCCCAAAUAGAUUUGGAAGGGAUGGUUUGGAAGGGAUGGUUGACUUGUGGGUCUAUUUUGUAAUAUAAUGGUAAUAUAAUAGGAUGAAGACUAUGUGUUUUGCUAUUUCUCCAGGCAGUAAACCGUAUCUAAAUUCAAUGCUGCAUGCAGUGGGUUCAUUCCUUCAUAGACUUGUAUUAGAGCAGACCGUUCAGAGGCAGUUAAUGUUUUUCAUAUUUGCACUCAACACCAGAACCAAAAUCAAAUUAGUCAUGUUGUAAUUAUGCUUCCAGGAAGAAAAACGCCUCAAGGAAAUAGAAGAACAAAAGAAACUUCUGGAACAGAGAGCACAAUAUGUAGAAAAGACCAAAAAUAUUCUGAUGUUCACUGGGGAAGUUGAAGGAUCAAAAGAGAAAAAACGUAGCGGAGCUGGCCGGCGUUCCAGGAAAACCGGUGAAUUUGAAGAGUUUGUCAAUGAUGACAGUGAUGACGAUCUUCCGGUGUCUCGAAAGAAAAAGAGAAGGAAGGGCAGUGGCAGUGAACAAGAUGGUGAGGAAGAAGAUGGGGAGAAGAAGAAGAAGAAGCGACGAAGAGCCCAGAAGGCAGAUGAUGGUACUGAGGAUGAUGACAAUGAGACUACACCAAGGCCUAAAAAACGCCGCCCAGCCAAGACUGAGAAGAGAAAGCCCAAGCCAGAACGCUUGCCUCCUUCAAUGAAGGGGAAAAUAAAAUCAAAAGCUAUCAUUUCAUCGAGCGAUGACUCAUCAGAUGAAGAUAAACUCAAAAUUGCUGAUGAUGGAAAUGCCAGGAACAGCAACAGCGAUUCUGAUAAUGCAGAGGCACGCAACAAGCGGGCCAUGUCAGACAGUGAUUCGGACAAUAGUAACCGGUCGGGCAGUGAGAGGGGCAGCCCUAGGCGGCCGCCCGCCCAUCCUUCGGAUGAGGACUCAGACAGCGAUGGGUCACCGAGGAAGAGGAGGCGGUCUGACUCGGAUCAAUCUGACAAUGAUUCUGUGCAGUCAGGGAGAAGCCCCUCCGUGAGAUCUGGAAGAAGCCCGUCUGUGCAGUCUGGAAGAAGCCACUCUGGAGGUUCUGAGAAUGAGUCUCGUCCAGCUUCUCGCAGUGUGGAUUCUGACCGAGAUUCAGAGAGAGCAUCUGAUAAUGAGGGUUCAGUUAAUGAGUCUGAGCCAGAGGCAUCCAACAAUGAAGCAUCUGAAAAAGGAUCUUAUGCUGGAUCAGAUGACAGUGAUUAGAUUUCAACUGUGGCCUCUCAAUUUUUUAAAUAUAACAUUUUUGUAAAUAUAUUUUGGUUUGAGAGAGUUUGGGGGAAGAUAAAGAUGUCCAUCUUUUAUAUUUGAAAACUGAUUUAAAAACAUGCACAACUAUGUUUUAGGGGAAAAUAUUUAAAGAAAGUUGAAACAUUUCCUAUAGCAUUUUUUCUACAUUAUUGUACACUUGCUAGAUGGUAGUAUCCCUUUAGAAUACAGCAUCCAUUUCAGUUUGGUGCUAAGAUCUGAAGAGUUGAUGCCCAUAUAGUAAUCCUGCAUCUGGGUAUGCUUUGAGUGCCUAUGAAAUACAUAGCAUUUCAGCAUAUUUAACUGGAUGGAAGAUUAUAGCCCUUUCUGUCUUUCCUUGUCUAAUCAACAGUGUUUUUUUUAACUUGGAAAAGGGUACAGGAAUUCCUGAAAGUGUAGAAUGUUUGGGUUUACAGAGCUGUCCUUCUGACUAUGUUGGUUCCUACGAAAUACAUUUUUACGUUCUGUUUAAAAUUCAUAAGUGCUGUAGAAAAUUCCUUAAAAUUGAAAUAAAACGUAUAAAAUAUAAUACUACAGGAAUGUAGAUAAAUGUUGGAUUAUGACUUCUCAGAAAAGAUUUUCCUAUGGCAUCUAAUAAAAAUUGUGGCUACCA